GGUCGCCGGCGCCGCCUGACGUCCCGGCCCGGCCCGCGCCCAUGGCCCUGGCGGCGGCGCGCGCCCCCCGGCCCCGCGGCCUCGCGCCGCUCCUGCCGGUGCUGCCGGUGCUGCUGGUGCUGGUGCUGGCGCUGGCGCUGCGCCCCGCGGCGGGGCGGGGCGGCGGGGCCGCGGCCCUCGGCGGCGCCUACCGGGACCUGUGCAGUUACACAUGGGAAGCAAUUGAUGCAGACAAACGUGUGUUUUAUAAAAUAAACUUCUGUGAUGGUGUUGAAGAGUGUGGAAGAUCAAGUGCAGUCUGUGCACAUGAUGUAAAUCAGAUGACCUAUAUAUCUGUAGGUGAUGUAGGCUUGCAAAAUCUUUCUGGAACACUUCUGGAACUCAACACUACACAUAACUGCUUGCUGCAAGGCAGCCAGCACAAAGUUCAAAGCAACUUUAAUUUCCUGUGUGGGAAAACACUCGGUACUCCUGAAUUUGUGACAGCAACAGAGUGUGUGCACUAUUUUGAAUGGAGGACCUUUGUGGCUUGCAAGAAAGAUGUGUUUAAACCUGUGAAAGAGGUCCCUUGCUAUGUGUUUGAUGAAGAUUUGAAGAAACACGACUUGAAUCCUCUCAUCCAGGUUUCAGGACACUACUUGGUAGAUGAUUCUGAUGAUGAUUCCUUGUUUAUAAACAUCUGCAGGGACUUAGGAAGUUCAAGUGGAGAGACCAGAAACUGCCCUGCUGGCAGUGCUGCUUGCUUGAUACAUGAAGGUCGUGCGUAUGAUGUUGGCCAUCCACAGAAACAGCUGAAACUUCAUUACAAAGACAGGCUGGUAUUGAGUUAUGAGAGAAUAUACAGUGAUGAAGAAAAGCCAGACUUUUGCCUAGGCCAUAACCCAGCAGUGACAAUCACUUUUGUGUGCCCAUCAAAGAGGGGAGAAGAGAGUGCAGGUCCCAAGCUCACAGCUAAAACAAAUUGUCGGUAUGAAAUUGAGUGGGUUACUGAGUAUGCCUGUCACAGGGAUUACCUGGAGAGUAAGAACUGUCUUCUGACUAAUGAGCAACAUGAUAUCUCCAUUGAUUUAAGACCACUUACUCUACUUCCGGAUUAUGUUACACCAUACACAGCCAAAGAUGACAAAGAGGAGUAUUACUAUUACUUGAAUGUGUGUGGGAAAACUGCUGCAGGCAACUGCAGGGACAGUAGAGGAUACGCUUCAUCUUGCCAAGUAAAACGUUCAAAUAACCAGCAGAAAGUGGCAGGAAGAUUUGAGAACCAAACCCUGAGAUAUUCUGAUGGGGAUCUCACUUUAAUUUAUCCGAAUGGGGAUGCAUGUAGUUCCGGCUUUCAGAGAAUGACUGUCAUAAACUUUGAGUGCAAUGAGACAGCAGGUAAUGAUGGUAGAGGAGCUCCAGUGUUUACUGGUGAAGUGGACUGCACGUAUUUUUUUACUUGGGAUACAAAGUACGCCUGCGUUAAAGAAAAAGAAGAUCUCCUUUGCAGAGUUGCUGAUAAGAGAAAACACUAUGACUUGUCACCUCUGAUCCGUAGUUCAGAAUCAGCCCAGAACUGGGAAGCUGUGGACAGUAGCUUUUCAGAGGAAGAGAGGAAGCACUAUUACAUCAAUGUCUGCCAUAAAGUGCUGAAGAGAGGAGGAGCUUCUGGCUGCCCAGAUGCUGCUGCUAUUUGCUCUGUAGAUAAACAAAACAUGACUAAGAAUCUUGGAACAUUUGUAUCUUCUCCGAGAAAGGUUGGAGAAAAUAUUCAACUUACUUAUUUGAAUGGAGACAGCUGUGAUGUUAAUAAAAAAAUCAAAACUGUCAUCACACUAGUGUGCAGACCAGGUGAUCUAGAAAGUGCGCCAAUCUUGAUGUCUGAGAGUGUAUGUUCUUAUGCAUUUGAUUGGUAUACUGCUGCUGCGUGUGUCCUGUCUAAAACUGAAGGAGAUAAUUGUCAAGUCUCUGAUCCUCAGGCAGGCUUCUCUUUUGAUUUAUCACCUCUGGCCAAGGCAAAUGAUCACUAUAUAGUUAAUACUACUGAUUACUUAUUUUACAUAAACAUCUGUGGCAGUCUGCCAGAUGACUUGUGUCACACACGAUCAGCAGUGUGCCAAGAAACACAAAGUAAAGAUCAGCUUUGGAGUCUUGGACUGCCCAGUUCCAAACUUUCGUAUUAUGAUGGUCUGAUCCAGUUGACCUACAGAAAUGGUACACCAUACAAUGAUGAGAAGAAAACACAGCGAUCUACCCUUAUAACUUUCCUGUGUGAUCGUCAGGCUGGAAUAGGUCAACCUGAAUAUCAGAUAGAAGAUAAAUAUACCUACAACUUCAGGUGGUACACUGAAUACGCUUGUCCUGAAAUGCCACUGGAAUGUGUUGUGACUGAUCCCAACACCAUGGACCAAUAUGACUUGUCAAGCUUAGCAAAAUCUGAGAAGAGAGGUGAAAACUGGUAUGCUAUGGAUAAUUCAAGUCCAGGUGAGCGCAAGAAGUACUACAUAAAUGUCUGUCGACCGCUGAUUGCUGUUCCGGGAUGUGACCGGCGAGCAUCUGUCUGUCAGAUGGAAUAUCGACGUGAUCAUGUUUCUUACUCUGAAGUCACGUCUAUUAGCAAUCUUGGUGUUGCCAGCAAAGAGCUAGUAGUCCAAAGACCUGGACAUAUUUUUCUAACCUAUGCAGAUGGCUCUGUGUGCUUUGAUGCCAAUGGAAAUAAAACUACUUACACCAGCACCAUCCACUUCAUCUGUUCUAAGGGCACUCUUAGUAGCAGCCCACGGUUUAUAGCUAUUCAGGAAUGUGUGGUCACAUUCUUAUGGGAAACUGAGGCUGCUUGUCCAAUCAAGGAAACAAAAGACGAUUCUCAGUCUUGCUCUGUCCGAGAUCCAAACACUGGGUUCCUUUUCAAUCUACAGCCAUUAGCUUCUGAAAAAGGCUAUAUGGCUACUGGGAUUGGGAAGACAUACUUGCUAAACGUAUGUGGAUCUAUGCCAGAUUGUGGUGAAAUCAAUGGCAAAACAGCUGCUGGAUGUGAAGCAGAAAACUUGACAUCGGUGAGGCAGGUGGAACUGGACAAAACCCUGUAUCUGUCUGGUGAAGGGUUUCUAACUCUUACCUACAGAGGUCCUUUACGUGUGCAAUCAGGAACAUCAGACACGUUCACUGUGACUUUCAUUUGUAAUGAUUCGUACCCUGGAGAGCUUAAGUUUGUUCGAGAAGAGAUAAACAGUGUGCUGAACAUCUAUGAUACUUUUUUUGAGUUUCACACAGCUCUGGCCUGUGCUCCUGCUCCUGUAGACUGCCAGGUGACAGAUGCUGCUGGCAAUGAGUAUGACUUAAGUGACUUGAGCAAAGAUGGUGAACCAUGGGUUGCUAUAGACACUUCAGCGGAAGGAAAGAACCGAACCUUUUUCUUGAAUGUCUGCAAGCCUUUGCCCUAUGUGCCUGGUUGUCCUGGUGGUGCCAUAGGAUCUUGUAUGAAAUACGCUCAUAAAAGCAAGAACCUUGGAGUCAUUCAGAUAAAUCCACAGGCUGCUACUGAUGGGUCCUUAAGCAUUAUCUACUUGAAUGGUGACACAUGCAAAGAUAAUCAGCGUUAUUCUACACGUAUAAUCUUCCAGUGCGAUCAAACAAUGGGAUCACCAGUGUUUGAGCAAGAGGAUGACUGCGAAUUUGUAUUUGUUUGGAGAACCUUGGCAGCCUGUCCUGUUCACAGAGCAGAAGGAAAUGGUUGCCAGGUGAAAGAUCCAAGGUAUGGUCAUGUUUAUAACCUGAAGCCACUUUCCAAUAAAGACAUAAAAGUGAGUACAGAUGAGUAUGACUACUACUUCAGAGUUUGUGGAGUAAUAACAGAAUCUUGCAAAUCAGAGGCUCAUAAUGUGUCAUCGUGUCAAGUAAAGAAGAUGGACAAUACUUUCAAAAAAGUAUCAGGCUUGCUUACAGAAAAACUGACUUUCAAAAAUGGUUUAAUAAUGAUUAAUUACACCAGUGGAGAAAAAUGUCAUAAAAUAUACGAGCGAUCAACUGCCAUAUUAUUCUAUUGUGACAAGACUACAUCUGAGCCUGUAUUUUUGAAGGAAACUCCAGAUUGUACCUAUAUGUUUGAAUGGCAUACUCAGUAUGCUUGCCCACCUGUUAAAUCUACUGAGUGCUCCUACAAGGAUGAUGAAGGAAACUAUGACUUUUCAUCUCUGACACGUCAUAGAGAGAACUGGGAGGCAAUUGCUCUAUCUGCUUCUGCACAGAAGUACUACAUUAAUGUCUGCAAGCCCUUAGUACUAUAUGGUGCUACAAGUUCCUGUCCUUCGGAUGCUUCUGUUUCCCUCGUAGAGGGUACAAAAUGUACAAGUCUUGGGGAAGUGGCUGAUGGUCCCCGGUGGGAAAAUAAUAUUUUUAUUCUGAAAUAUAUUAAUGGGGAUCAGUGUCCAGAUAAAAUUCGCAAGAAAUCAACAAUAUUGCGCCUCAAGUGUGAUGAAAGCAAAAUUGAGUCCAAGCCAGAACUGAUAACGGCCAUUGAAGAUUGUGAAUAUACCUUCUUAUGGUUCACUGCUGCUGCGUGUCCUCUUAAAAGCAAUGUGCAAAAUGACUGCCGGGUAACCAAUCCUGCAACAGGCCACCUCUUUGAUUUGACAUCACUAAAGCGAGAAUCUGGCUACACCAUCAGUGAUUCACACAACAGAAAAAUUGAACUGAAUGUUUGUGCUGGAGCUAAAAGCUCAUGUGGUAGUGGAGCAGCUGUCUGUAUCACUGGUGGUUCAAAGCCAAUUAAUGCUGGAAAACCAAAUAAAACUUUAACUUAUGAAGAUCAAGUGUUAAAGCUUGUCUAUGAAGAUGGAGAUCCUUGCCCUGCAGACCCUGAACUAAAGCAUAAAAGCUAUUUUAGCUUUGUAUGCAAGUCUGAUGUUGGAGAUGAUAGCUGGCCUGUUUUUCUGUCUUUUGAUGAGCAGACAUGCACUAGUUACUUCUCUUGGCAUACUUCCUUGGCUUGUGAGGAAGAGGUGACUUGCUCAGUAUUGAAUGGCAGCUCCGUUAUUGACCUGUCGCCUCUGAUCCAUCGCACUGGGUAUUAUGAGGCGUUUGUGGAUGAAGAUAUAACAGAUGUUUCUCCAGACUUCUACAUCAACAUUUGUGAGCCUCUCAAUCCUAUCAAAGAUGUCAAUUGCCCACCUGGAGCAGCUGUUUGCAUGGUUCCUGUUAAUGAAUCACCAGUAGAUAUUGGUCGUGUUACUGAACCUCCCAAGUUAAAUGAGGCAGUAAAUGAAGUUUACAUCACUUACAAAAGCACUACUCCCUGUCAGAUAAACAGCAAAUUGAACUAUACUUCUCUUAUUGUAUUUCACUGCAGCCAAGGAACUAGCCUGGGCAAGCCAAAGAUGAUACAGAAACUUGACUGCAUUUUUGUUUUUGAAUGGGAAACUCCACUUGUGUGUCCUGAUAAAGUAAAAACUUUAGGCUGCUCUGUGACUGAUGAACAGCUACACUAUACUUUUAACUUGACCAGUCUUUCUGGAAGAUCAUUUGAGGUGUUUUCUGGAUCCAACAGUUACCGUGUUGGUGUAUGCAGUAGGGCAGCAGACUUGCCCCAGGGAACAUGCAAAGAUGGGGCAGUGUGUCUGACAUCUGAAAGUGGUGCAUCAUCUUUUGGAAAUGUGAAGGAAAUGAAAAUGGACUAUAGCCACCAGGAUGAAACAGUCAUCUUGCAGUACACGGGAGGUGAUCGUUGCCCUACAGUGACAGAAAAGGGAGAGCUUUGUGUGUUCCCCUUCAAGUAUAAAGGGAAGACCUAUGAGAAAUGUAUUACAGAAGAAAAGAAUAAGCCAUGGUGUGCUACGACUGAAAACUACCAGGGAGAUGGAAAGUGGGGAUUUUGUGGUCAUGCAACUGCAAGAAGGGAAUCUACUAUUAUCUUCACUUGUGAUGAAAAUGCUGGUGUUGGGAGACCAUACUUUUUGAGUGAGACGCUUGGCUGUGCUGUGACAUUUGAGUGGAAGACUCAGGUUGUUUGUCCUCCCAAGAAGAUGGAGUGCAAGUUUGUCCAAAAACACAGAACUUAUGACUUGAGAAUGCUCUCUUCCCUGACAGGAUCAUGGAUCUUUUUCCACAAUGGAAACUCGUACUAUGUGAAUCUCUGUCAGAGGGUACAUGAGGGACCCACAGGCUGCCCCGAAAGAGCCAGUAUUUGCAGGAAAAGCCACAAUGGAGAUGUUCAAGUUCUUGGACUUGUUCAUACACAGAAGCUGAAUGUGACAGGUGAUACACUGUAUAUUAGUUACUCCAGUGGGCAGGAAUGUAGGAAAAACAAGAAAGUAACAACAAUUAUAGAACUGAAGUGUGCAAAAACAGUUGGCAUGCCAAUGCUGCAGAGGAUUGAUGAAGAAAACUGUGCUUACUACAUCACAUGGGACACACGUGCAGCUUGUGCUGUGAAGCAGCAGGAGGUGGAGGUGGUGAAUGGAACAGUUAUUAAUCCUGCAACUGGGAAAAACUUCUCUUUAGGGGAUGUUUAUGACAAGUUAUACAUGGCUUCUGGUGACAUACGGACAAAUGGUGAUAAAUAUGUAUAUGAAAUUCAACUUUCUGGUAUAAGAAACUCAAGUAUCCCAGAAUGCUCUGGAGCAAACAUCUGCCAGGUUAAAACUAAUGAACGUCGCUUUCGGAGGAUUGGUUCUGCCAGAAAAGCUAAAUAUUAUGUUGAGGAUGAUGACUUGGAUGUGAUCUUUUCAUCUGACUCCAGAUGUGGUAAAGAUAAAUCAAAGUUUGUGUCUUCAACCAUUUUCUUCCACUGUGAUGAACAAGUAAAGGAAGGUGUCCCUGAAUUCCUUCAUGAGACAGCAGAUUGCCAGUAUUUAUUUACCUGGUACACAUCUGCUGUGUGCCCAUUAAGCUCGACCAAUGAUCCAGGAAGCAAUGGGCACCAGACUGAUCAGGAGGCCCAAGUACAUAAAGGCCUUUCAAGGAGAAGUCAGGCUGUUGGUGCUGUGCUGAGCGUCCUCCUGGUUGUUCUCACUGCAUGCCUAAUAAUCUUGCUGUUCUACAAAAAAGAAAGGAGGGAAAUUGUAAUAAGCAAGAUUACAAACUGCUGCAGAAGAACAUCCGGUGUUUCCUACAAAUACACAAAGAUAAACAGUGAAGAGGAAGCUAAUGAGAAUGAAACAGAGUGGCUUAUGGAGGAAGUUGCAGCACCAAAUCAAAGAACAGCAAAAGGAGGGCAGGAGAAUGGUCAUGUUACUACCAAGUCUGUUACUUCUGAAGCCUUUACCUCUCUCCAUGUGGAUGAUCUGGACAGUGAGGAUGAGGUGUUAACCAUUCCAGAUGUAAAGAUUCAGACAGGAAGAGGACUAGACAAGAGCAAACGUCCACAAAAGAAGCUACCUAGUCUUGGAAGUGAUGACAAAGCUUAUUUGCUGAAUGGGGGAAAUGAAAGGAAAGCAAAAGCCAAGCCAGGCCAGCAGCAGGCACAGAACUCUACAAAUACAGUGUCAUUUCAUGAUGAUAGUGAUGAGGACUUGUUGAAUGUUUAAUAACCCCUCUUGUGCCUAAUCAAAUAUAUAUAGAGAGAUUAUAUAUAAUGGGACAACAUUUCCAACCAAAUAUGAGGACUUCAGCCUGAAAGAUUUUUCUGAAUUUUGCCUUUAAUGAGAAACCAUUGAAAAGGGAAGAAGACAGAUUUCUUGGUUGUUUACAAUGAUAUGUUCAGUCAUGCCUGGAUUUCUAGCAUCCAGGCUGAGUUAUCUUGACUCUCUCUAGCCAGGACACUUUUUUUUUUUUUAGGUUAAGUGCUUUUUUAGAUGUUAAGUGCUUGCUUAAAAAAGAGAAACAUUUGAAAGGAAAGGAUUAAGGUUCAAGGAAGCCCCUGGCUCCUGAGACUCAAUUUAUCUGACUACUAGCAUUUUAACUCCUUGUAUUUAUUGAUCCUCACUACUCAGGUUUGCUUAACAGCAACAUGUUCUUCCUGCCGGCAGGGUAUUAUUCUAUGGGUUCACCAUUGUAAGACAAGGAAAAAUAUAACUUUUAUGUGUUGGGAUGAUUUGAUGUAAAUUUUGGAACUGGUCUAAUUUAUCCUGUAAAUUUAAAUAUCCAUUCUAAUUUAAACAGAUCAUUGGUUCAAAGGUAUUGACUGAAAGGUACAACUCUGUAUAGCUUUAGCCUGAAAUGGUUGCUGUUCUUUGCAUGAUAUUUUUUUGGUACUGGUCAUAUGACUGACUUAAUCAGUAUUUGCCUAAGCAGCUGACAAGCAUCCAAAGACUUAUUUUGUUUUUCUUAGAUUAUGGCUGGACUAGGCGACCGCACAGAGAAUCAGAGUAUUCCAAGAACACAGAGUCAGGAUUCCUAUAAUACAGUCUGAACUGCCCAGUUUGACAUUACCAACAACUAGAGGAGCCCUAGUUGGCACAAUACCUCUCUCUGCUAUUAAUUACAAGAAAAAAUAAAUUGAGCCAGUGUUUUCUGAUAGCCUAAGUUCUAGCUCUUAUGCUACGGCCCUGGCCAUGGUCAUAGAUUUGAAAUGUUGCUGGCAAUGAACACAAGUCAAAUUUCUUCUAGAAGUCUUAUGAGCAAUGAUAGGGUUUCAAAGCAUGGUACAAGUACAUGCAUUGGUAAGAAUUUUGGGAAACUUUUUUGUUGUUUCUUUUGGCUGGCUUAGUUUCAACAAUGGUUUCUUUUUAUAAAAACUCCAUUUUGAAUCAAAAUAGUGUAAUAUAAAGUAUUCAGCAGUUUCAAUAAAAGAUACAAAGUGGGUAUUCCAAACCCCACAUCUCAA